AUGGCAAUGGAGGAAAACAGGGUUAAAGCUUUUAGAAUGUUUAACACUUUUGAGACUAACGGGAUGUUAAAGAAGGAUCUCAUAGUACCUUUAAAGUUUCAACACCUAAUAGAAGUUCACACAUUGCAGAGAUUUUACAGUGCCACCCCUCCACCACAAAGACCACCAACAUUCUUAGGGAAAAUUAUCGAGAAUCUCCGAGAAGAAAUGUCAAGGAAUCAGAAGAUGAAAGAGAGCUUGAAGGAAUUCAGAAAAGAUAUGGAAAAACUUGAGAAAUCUGAAGCCUUACAGAAAGCCAGGGAAAAAUACCAUUCUGUUGAGGAGGAAACAGCAGAAGGAAGCAAAAAGGCUAAGCAGCAGCUAGAAUUUUUGAAGAAACGUGUUUCAGAAACAGUUGAAGAAGCUCAGAAGGCAGAAAUCCUUCAGAAAGCCUCAAAAAUGACAGAAGAAGCAACAAGGCAGGCACAAAAGGUUGGCCAGACCAUUUCACAAAAAGGAGAGGAAUUAAGCAAGACCCAGACAUUCAAAACCAUCUCCGAGACCGCCAAGGCUGUGAAAGAGGAGAUCGACCACUCCACAUUUGGUGGUGCCGGAGCUAGGGUCUACAGAGCUCCGAGGGUGCUUAGGAAAAGAGUAGAGCGAGACCCUGAAGCAGAACAGAGGAUUAUUCAGGCUAAUACAGAGGCAAGUGGUAUGGUUCUGCACAAGGACUCUCAAUUUGCUCAAAGUUGGCAAAAUUUCAAGGACAAUAACCCAUAUGUUAACAGAGUAUUGAUAUGGAAAACAAAAUUGGAUGAGAGUGAUAAUCCAGUUGUCCGUGCUUCAAUGCUAGUGAAAGAUAAGGUAUCUGAAUUAUUUGGCGGAGUCUUCCAGCGUACAGAGCUCUCAGAAGCUUUGACUGAGAUAUGCAAAAUGGACCCAACAUUCGACAAAGAACGGUUUCUUCUUGAAUGUGAAUAUGAUAUGAUUCCAAAUGUUUUAGAAGCUAUGAUCAGACCAGAUCUAGAGGUUCUCAAGGACUGGUGUUAUGAGCGAGCCUUUUCUGUAUUAGCAACACCUGUGAAGCAAGCUUAUCAACUAGGUUUCAAAUUUGACUCAAAGGUUUUAGAUGUUGACAAUGUGGACUUGGUCAUGGGAAAAGUUAUGGAUGAGGGACCAGUCCUCGCUAUUUCCUUCCAGUCACAACAGAUCAUGUGUCUACGAAAUCAAAAGGGGGAGGUUGUGGAAGGGGAUCCAAGCAAGGUGCUACGCGUUCAGUAUGUUUGGGUGUUGUGUCGAGACCAGACAGAGCUAGAUUCCAGGGCUGCUUGGAGGAUACUUGAUUUGUCAGCACAGAGUACAGAGCAGUUUGUAUAGUGAAUCAAUUUAGGCUGCAUAAUUUCUUUAUAGGAAAUUGUAAAUUAUUUAGUUAAUGGGCACAAUUAUAUUUUUUCCCCUAGAACAAAAUGUUAAAAUGUGGGCCACCUAGUAUGGCCAAUGAUAUAUGCAUUUGGAAAUUACUAAUAUGUAAAGCUACAUAUUGUUGAACGAAGUUAGGACAUACACACGUUGUGAUAUACACAUACAGAAAUAGUUUAGAGACAAUUUCCUUCAGAUUGAAGAUAUUUUGAAGUCUAUAUGGAAAACUGAUAUUUAUACUGUUAUGUAUGUGAAAAUUACAGAUAUUCUUUUAUAAACUAAAAGCUUGUUUUCAGUAUCCUUAUUAUUAUCUUGAGAUCUGUAUGUUCAGACUGUCAGAGGAAGAUUCAACCAUUAACUGCUCAUGAUUUAUGUAUAGCUAACAGGGAAUCAUAUGAUGUUUCAACAUUUUCAACAUUGUGUAUAUAUUUCAAGUUAGCAAAUGCCUUCCAGUGAGACCUAAAUGAAAUUACACUCGUGUCUGUUAUAAUGUAAAGGAUGAACUUCACAAUGUAAUUUGGCAGGCAGGAAAAGGAUGAUUAAGAGCUUCCACCUAUGUUGUUAAUGAUAUUUACAAAGUAUGGGGUUUCUUUGUUGAAGUGACAUUUCUUUUUAAGAGACCUGAUAGAUACCCACAGAAGAAAUCAUCACAAGUAGAAAGUUUUAGGGAAAUGCUAGUGCAAAUGUAAUUAACUAGGGUACCUCAAGACCUUUUUUGUGAAACCAAGUUACUCAAAAUGACAAUCUAAUGUGUAACUAAUUGAGAAUUGUUUUUUUUUUUUUUAUUUACUUGUUUUUCUUGCUAUUUAUUAUGUUAAUGAUAUCAGAAAAUGAUUAGCCGAAAAAUUAUAAACAUUCCCAAAUUCAUAUAAUGCGUGAUUUGUAUUUUUUCAAGGAUUUUGUUUGUUUAAAUGCUUCACCGAUUACAGGAAAAAAGGUUCCUUUAAUUUUGAAGAUGGGGGAUAUCACUUUUUGGAUUUGUAAUGGGAUUAACAUGAUUUGGUCAUUUCUUCACACUUGUUCACUUCACUAUGUACAUAUUUAUCACAAAGAGUACUGCUCUUUGUUAUCAUCUAUGUAAUCAUAGAAGUCAUUUAUGAUUUCAGGGUUUGUUAAAGUAAAACACAGUUGAUAUUGUAAAUAUGUAAUAUACGUUGUUUUGAAA